GAGGGAGAGAGAGAGGGGGAGGAGAGCGCGAUUGAACGAGAGCCAGCCGAGCAGCGACACCGUCUGAGGGGAAAGGGGAGGGGGGCGCCUUCGACCACUGCCAGCACCCUCGCGAAAGGCUUAUCGGCGUCCGAGCAUCCCCACCUGGGGAGGAGGCAGAAACAUGACAACUGAAAAGAGUUUAGUGGCAGAGUCUGAGACUCCUAAACAGCAGCCCCCAAAGGAGGAGGAGGUAGUUGCUGAAACUGAUCCCCAGGAAUCUUUUGUGGAGAAAGCACCCGAGGGGGAUAAUCCAUCCAAGAAGAAGCUGAAAGCAUCCAAUGGUGACACACCCACCCGAGAAGACCAGAGUAAGAACAAAGAAUGCAGUUCUGAAACUCGUGGCCUGUCACGCUUAUUUUCAUCACUUCUCAAGAGGCCCAAAUCUCAGGUAUCAGAAGAAGAAGGCAACGGGCCAGGAACAAAAGAACUUGGUGAAGAACACCAGAAAGAGGCUGAUAUAGAAGUUGAUCUCAAUGAAGAGAUUUUGCUGAAAGCCCCAAUAGCAGCUCCUGAACCUGAACUUAGGACUGAUCCGUCUUUAGAUCUUCACUCACUCAGCAGUGCAGAAACUCAGCCUGCUCAAGAGGAUAGGAGAGAAGAUCAGGACCAAGAUCCAGAGAACAUAGAUCUUGAAAUUAAGGAAGAAAAAGAGCAGGUGGAGUGUUCCAAUACAGGUGAAAAAAAAGAAAACAAGGGAAAGGUGGAAAAAGAAUUAAAAAGUGCUCCCAAAACAGUAAGAAGACCCCGAAAUAGCAUGCAUUGCAAGAUUACCUUACUGGAUGAUGCAAUUUUUGAGUGUUCUGUGGAUAAACAUGCCAAAGGACAAGAUCUUCUUAAGAAAGUAUGUGAUCACCUCAACCUUUUGGAAGAGGACUAUUUUGGACUGGCCAUAUGGGAUACCCCAACGUCUAAGACAUGGUUGGAUGCUGCCAAAGAGAUAAAAAAACAAGUUCAUGGAGGUCCAUGGAUUUUCACUUUCAAUGUCAAGUUUUAUCCUCCGGACCCAGCACAAUUAACAGAAGAUAUAACAAGGUAUUAUUUGUGUCUCCAGUUAAGAAAAGAUAUUAUUAAUGGGCGGCUUCCUUGCUCCUUUGCUACGUUAGCUUUGCUGGGUUCCUACACAAUCCAAUCUGAGUUAGGAGAUUAUGACACAGAUCUACAUGGUGCAGAUUAUGUCAGUGAAUUUAAAUUUGCCCCAAACCAGACAAAAGAACUAGAAGACAAGAUCACAGAAUUACAUAAAACAUACAAAUCUAUGAGUCCAGCUCAAGCUGAUAUGGAAUUUCUUGAGAAUGCUAAAAAGCUGUCAAUGUAUGGAGUUGAUCUUCAUCAAGCCAAGGACUUGGAAGGUGUAGACAUCACUCUAGGAGUCUGUUCCAGUGGUCUUCUUGUCUACAAAGAUAAAUUGAGAAUCAACCGUUUUCCUUGGCCCAAAGUGUUAAAGAUUUCUUACAAGCGCAGCAGCUUUUUUAUCAAGAUCCGGCCUGGCGAGCAUGAACAAUAUGAAAGUACUAUUGGAUUCAAACUUCCUAGUUAUCGGGCAGCUAAGAAAUUGUGGAAAGUCUGUGUUGAACAUCACACAUUUUUCAGAUUAACAUCAACUGAAGCGCUCCCCAAGAGCAGAUUCUUGGUGCUGGGUUCUAAAUUUCGCUACAGUGGCCGGACACAAGCUCAGACCAGACAAGCUAGUGCCCUGAUAGAUAGACCUGCACCACAGUUUGAACGAACAGCAAGUAAGCGUGCUUCUAGAAGCCUUGAUGGUGCUAAACGUGGCUCUCAAAAAAUUCAGUUCAAACUCGUAGAGGAGGAGAAGCAGGAGGAUGUGGUGUUGGUUGGGGUUCCGGAAUCAGAACCCAUGGAACAAUUUCAGGAGAAGCCAGCUAUGCAUGUUCUUGACAUAAGUACAAUAAAAGAAGAGGAGAAAGAAGAAAAAUCAGUUGUACAGGAUCUAGACCCAAAAUCGAUAUUACUUGAAACAAUUCAGGAAGAGUCAGCAGUAGCAGUGGUUACACCUGAUAGAAGCCCGCGGCCUACAUCUGCACCAGCUAUUGCUCAGAGCCAUGUUACUGAACCAAUUGUACCAGCUGCAUCUGUCAGCAAAGAACCAGCCGUUCUUAAAACUGAAAAGGAAACAGUAAAAAAAGAAGUAAAAGUUGAAGGAACUUUACAAGAUAAAGCCAAAGCAGAACCAGCUGAAGGAUUUCAGAAGAGAUCAAAGAGACUAGAUGGUGAAAACAUUUAUAUAAGACAUAGCAAUUUAAUGUUGGAGGAUCUAGAUAAACCCCAAGAAGAAAUAAAGAAGCAUCAUGCUAACAUCAGCGAACUGAAGAAAAACUUCAUGGAAUCUUUUCCUGAGCCACGGCCAAGUGAAUGGGACAAACGCCUCUCUACUCAUUCUCCUUUCAGAACGCUUAACAUCAAUGGACAGAUUCCCACAGGAGUAGAAGGAGUCAAGAAAGCCACAUUUCAGCCCUGUGAGAGACAGGUCGCUGGGCCAGAGAGUGUGCGUGACUGUCCCUUCAAAGAGGAUGCAGAUGAUGUGACAGAGGGGAAAAAUAUUGCCUCUCACUUUGAAUGGGAGGUUUCAAAGCAUUCAGUAGGCUUUAGUGAGAGCCAAAUGUCAACUGCACUGGAGUCUACACAAAUUCAUGAAUCAGACUCUUUUUCAAUAAGCAGCAAGGAGCAAAAAGAGGAGGGUGCCACUGCUCUUGAGAGCAAGGAAGAUCUAAGGUGUGAAAAGGGAUUUUGCUCAAAUAUGGAAAAGGAAGCUGAGGAUUUUAAACAGGCUGAGGUGGAAGUAUCUGUAAUCCCUGUUUCACCUCCACUGUACCUCCAUGAGCAAGAGGAGGAAGCCUGUGGUUUUGAAGAAACAAAAUUUACCAGCAAGCCACUUAGAGAGCUAAAUGGAGAAUAUUACAAUCCAAAUGUUGAUCAUGAAUUUCCUGCUCUCAUUCGCUGUUUCCAGCCCCCUCUUGUGAAAACUCAGACUGUUACCAUCUCCGAUGUGUCUAAUACUGUGAAAAGUGAAAUCCCAACUAAAGACGUCCCAAUUGUCCACACAGAAACCAAGACUAUAACUUACGAAGCUGCACAGAUUGAUGAUGGCAAUGGGGAUUUAGAUCCUGGAGUUCUCCUAACUGCUCAGACUAUCACUUCAGAGACCACCAGCAGCACUACAACCACACAGAUAACGAAGACUGUAAAAGGUGGAAUUUCAGAAACACGAAUUGAAAAACGAAUUGUCAUCACUGGAGACACAGACAUUGAUCAUGAUCAAGUUCUUGUUCAGGCCAUCAAAGAAGCUAAAGAGCAACAUCCAGAUAUGUCUGUGACCAAGGUUGUCGUUCAUCAGGAGACUGAGAUUGCAGAAUAAAUAGUUUAUACCAGGUAAUGCCUGCUUCAUUCUUUGAAGGCCACCCAAGACAUACCAGCAGAACUACAAAGAAACUUUCGAACACCAUGACCUCAAACUUGCCAGAUUUAUUCUCAGUCACACAUUCUAUCAUUUAUUGUUAGGAAGUUAUGCUUUUUGAUGUUUACUCGGGAUUAUCUUUAAUACUAUAUGUCCCUUUUCAUUGUUUUUAAUAUUGUGACCAAAAAAUUGCCAUAUUUUACAUGUGCUGAUGUGCUUUUUUAAAAAAAAAAUCAUUUUUUUCAUUUCCUUUUCCUAUGCCAUUUUCUGAAUCUGUAUUAAGAUGUCAAAAAGAGUACACAGGGCUUAUCAAAAAUGUUGCCUUCAAGUGUGAUGAUAUUCACCUUUCUGUUCCUCAAGUAGCUUGCAUUCUCUCCUACCUUUUGAAUAGGUUACCGUGUGGCAUAUCAGUGACUUAGAAGUAGCCACCCUCGUCAGAAAAAUCACUGUGUGCAAAACUUUAAUUUGAUUGGUCGCUCUAUAAAAUGUCCAGAGUAUCCUAACCACAGCGUACUCGGCCUGUGGAUUUCCUUCGCUUUUGUGGAUAUGUCUGUCUUUAGAUGCUUGAACAUAUCCAGAGGUUGUGGUGUUUAUAUAAGUAAUUCAGUAGUUGCCUAGGUUCAGGGACAAUUGCUUUUUUAUACUGUGAAUUGUAAAGCUUUUAAAUGAAUUGUGGUAAGGCAUUCAACUUUCAUCUGCUCUUUCCUCCCUCCACCUUUGUUUUCCUUCACAGUCCUCGGUAGGUGUUUCUUGUAAUCCUAUCUGCUGUUUAGCCCCAUUAAGCUACAAGUUUAAGAGUAAGAGACCCUGAGCACAAUUAAGUUAGGCUGUGAUUUAUCAUGGUGGGUUGUUUUUUUUUUUUACCCCAGUCAUUUGUAGGUUUGGGUGGAGGGUUUUGUUUUUUGUUUGUUUUUUUGUGCAAGGGCGGGGGAGAGGCAAAUAAAGAUUUAAAAUCAUACCUUUUAAACAAAAGCUAAAUCUAGAGCUCUGGCAAUGCAUCUGGAUAAGGGGUAUAAUUCCUAUUCAGUUGUUAAAGACAAUCUGGCAUUCCUUUCAUGAAGAUGGUAUUGAAGGCUAUCAGUCAGAAUAGGAUCUUGUUUCCUCAAUGAAAAGUUAUUUGGAGAGGGAAUAUAUUAAUUUCCAUCAGAAGACAGUACUCUGUCGCUUUUCUUGGGGGCAACCCUAACCAUAGUUCACUGGUGCUGUAUCUCUCUCCCUUGUUUGCUUUAGAUCAUUUAGAACUUCUUAUAAAAGGACUUGUUUCCCUCAAAAACAACAACAACAGCAGCAAACAGAGGUUGUUGCCCUUGGUAAAUGAUGCCCUUAGCUGUUAAAUUAGAAUGAAAGAGUAGAACUCAGCAUUGGUUGCUGUCCUCAGCACCUUAGUACUGUACAUAUUGUGUCAUCAUAGAAAGCUACGGUAUGUACCACCUGGGGAAUAUGUUCAGGGAAAGAGCAAUAAGUAAUUUAUGAAAGGGGUCAGUGGGAGUUUUUUAAAAAAAAAUAAUGCUGAUUUUUCAUUACUUUCAAACAAAAGACAGAUACUACUCUUUUUCAAAAUACUUCACUUUUGUAUUGCAAUCUGCAUGUUCAGGUAUUGGACUCCAGUUUGGAAUUCCCAUCUUUCAAAAAUAGAUAGACCAUUGCUUAGUUGGAUGGUUCUUUUUUCCUAAAAUAUGUGAAAGCUCUGUAAAGAUACAACAAGAAGCAGCUCUACCUUUUCUUAGAAAAACUCAAUUUCAGUAAAUAAAAGCUUUCAUUUACUAUUUGGAAUAACGCAACCCUCUGUCAUAUUGCAUGUUCCUUUCCCCCUCAAAUGUGAGUGCAUUUUGAUUAAAGAGCCAGUAGGAAUAUUUUAGGAUUGAAAGAUUUAAAAGUAGUGGUAUGUGAAAUAUUUUGAAUUCAAAACAUCCCAUUUGAGCUUGAAACCACAAUUUUACAUUCAAAAUGAAGUGUUUGUAACAUUUUAGAAGUGUUUUGAGAUGGAAUGCUGUUUGGUCAGUUUUGCUUUAAUAUGCUCUGGACAUUACAUCAUGUUUCCAAUGAUUGCUGAUUGAUGCCAGAGGGAAGCCCAUCUGGAAACAGAUCCUGCUUCCCCCCCCCCCCCAGGAAAAUAAACAUAGGAUUGAGUUGUAAUAGAAUUAAUGAAAGUAAUUGUGAAAGCAGUAGAGUAAGCUUCCUAGCAAUCUUACACUGAACUAGAAUAAACUCUGGGCACUUAAUGUAUUUAUUACAAAACUAGCUAUUUAUUGUGGAAGACAACUGUUUGGUACACUUUGACUGGUGCAAAAUAUAUUUCUGCUGCUUUUACUGCUCUUUUAUUCAAAGCAUAUAGCAGUUUUGAAAUAAUCCUAUUAUUUAUUACGGAAUUCUAUUAUUCAUGAAGUUUGUAUUCCAUAUGGUUUAUAAGUACAGCUGUAAUUGAGCAUGAUUUUUGUACACUAUGGAUAGCUAGCCAAUGAUGUUCUGCUCUGUUUAGCUAACCUACACAUUCUUGCAUGGAAUGUGAAUCCCGCAUUAAAGGAUAUUACCUUUACAUGAUGAGGGGAAUGCAUUUCAGAUUGUACCUCUUCCUGGCCUUCUUUACAUCUAUUGCUCUCCCAUUUUCAGAGUUUUCUACCACCUUACCUUUUGACCUCCAUUUUCAUUCAUGCACCAGGGUUAAUUUCACUGAUUCACCAUUUUUUGUGUUGUGGAAUAGAUGAUUCCCAUCUUCCCUUUUUCUGAUUUUUAGCUUAUUUACUAAAAGUGUGAAAUGAAAUCUGCAAUAAGUAUUGCAUUAGAGUGCAAUAAGGGAGUCCAAGGUGGGAUGGUAUAUCUGCAUUGUGUCAUUACCUGCCUCCUUUUACAAUAAUCAGAAGCAUUUAGCAGUUUGUGUAAGUAUUUAGGAUAUUGUUUUCCUAAAUAUAACUUAGGAAUAUGUUAGUUUCAUGAAAUUCUAAAAAUCACAGGACACAUGUGGAUGGAAAAGAUGAAAAACUAUUCUACAAGAUAAAAGGAUAAAGAUUGCAAUUGGGCAACAAGACAGCUGGAUUCCUGAGACAAAGAAAAGUAAGGAUCAUUCAAAUUUGCUAUUUUUUUCUUUUUGUUUCUAUAUAUUCAUUAGCAAGGCAAUUUGAAUUCAGGAGUUUAAUAAAAGUUUUGCUUUCCUACUUAUGGCCAGGCAUAAGACCUCCACCUUCCUUUGAGUAUGCCUGAAGAUAAAAAGCAUUGUAAAGCAAGAAAAACUUCAUAUUUUUGCAGAUUAAGCUGAUUUACAUGAUAUACAUCGGAAUGUCCAACCUUGGCAACUUUAAGACUUGAGGAUUUCAAUUCCCAGAAUUCCCUGUCCAAUCAAGUCUUAAAGUUGACACAGUUGGAUACCCUGAUAAACCUAAAUGAUUGUGUUAUGUUACUCUGUUUCUGAUUAUUGUAAUGGAACAUUUUAAACCCCUAUGCACAUACACACCUUCCUUUGACUGGCAGUCUAAUUGUGCAACAACUCCUGCCAGCUUUUAUUACCUAUUGUCCCAAAACUACAAAACUAAACUUCACACCAGCAAAGGCUGAAAGAGUUUAAGGGUCCUCUUUUAAACCUCUUAGGAAUGUGAAUCCUGAGGCAUAGGGAUUAUUUUCUUUUCUGAAAUUCCUUCCUGCAUAGUAUAAAUCCACUUUCUGAUGCGAAGGGGGUUUAUGUUUACCAUCUGAGCUUGUAAAUUGGCACUCCUGCUGGCAGCCUUUGUAACUGAACAAGAGUUGUGAGUUUGUUUUCUCCUGGCUGCUUAUAUCCUGCAAAUGAGCAAUAUUUUAUUUUGUAUAGCCAAGCAUGCUGGAGAAAUAAAGAAAGGAGCUAAUAAAUUCUUUUAAAAUGCAUUUGCCAAGCUAAUUUAGCUUUCCACAGCAGACAGAAUGAAAACAACUUAGUUUUAGGGUACUAGAAAUGUGGCCUGAACUGUCUGCCAUUGACAAUAGGGAUUUUCACGUUUUGAGAAGGAAAAGCAUUUGUAGGCUGUUUGUACUCACAAUGUGCCACCAUCACCUUAACAGAUCACUAAAUAAACCAGCUUCUAGCAUUCUCGUUUUCUGGGGACCAGCACUGCCAUUACUGGAACAGUAAAUAAAAUAUAGUCUAUUUAUUUAUAAUGAUGAAAUGACUAUGCUCCCAGUUAUUUCCUUCCCCAUUUAUGAGAUUAUCUAGAAACUCUCUUAACUGUAUAGUAAAUGGAAGCUAUUUAUCUAUGAAUGUGUGUACAGAAGGAAGAGCAGCAGUAUCCAAAUUGGUCAAAU